AUGGAUGGUGAUCAGGGGCCGGGGCCGGGGCCGGGAUCGGGGGCCGGGGCCGGGGCCGGGCCGGGGCUGCGGCCGCGGGGGCGCGGGCGGCGCGGGAGGCGCGCACGUUGCGGGGCAGGCUCUUCCGCGGCCGAGGGCCUGCACAGGGCGCCUGGUGUUGCUGGACCGCAGAAGACGUCUCCGACGCUGUCCCCGACUCCGGAGGCUGGGGCGGCCAAAUCCAGCAAUGGAACGACCAGUCGGAAAACCAAAACUGUGUCUUUUCACAGUGCCACUAGCUUGCCCACGGAAAGGAAAAUAUCCAGUGGUCGACCUACCCUUGCCCCAGUUUCGUUGCUCGUGGCGUCGAGUUCGGCUGAUCACACACCUCGCUGGCCCGCGCCCAAUCCGCAAUCUUCCGUCGAGUUGCGACAGCCAGGCCCUCGCAAACGCCGCGCCUCUCAACAGCCUCAAGAAAAGGAAGCGGCGCCUCAGAAUGGCCCAACAUUUUCCACUUGCGAACCGUUCCGUACUGAAAAUUGUUUUCGAUAUCUAUUUCACUCCCAUGCCAAAGGUUAUGAGAUGGUAGCAUAUGAAGCUUAUGUUACAUAG